GUUCUCCUCUCUCCAGCAGCAAACAUGGCAGACGGUGCAGCUUGUGUCGAUUGUCAGCCAGACGCUCUUCAGCCAACGGUCUCUGCGCCACAGCCGACUACAGCGGCACAGGGCCUUUUGGACCCGAGCACGUUCAUUCCGCCUUCGUCGCCUGUCUCGCCCAGCGUCACCAUCGAGUUCUGCGACAGGUGUCGAUGGCUGCACAGAGCGACAUGGGUCUCAACAGAGCUCUUCCUCACUUUCCCCACGCCAUCUCUGAAAUCGAUUACUGUCUUGCCAUUGAAUGCGGAAGAAACGGCCGGUUGCUUCCGCGUGUGGCUCUUUUUGGAUGGCAAACCGCCCGUCUUGGUGUGGGACAGGAAGGUCGAAGGAAGCUUCCCAGAGCUCAAAGUUCUUAAACAGCGCAUCAGGGACCAUGUCCAGCCCGGCAAGUCACUCGGCCACUCUGACAAGUAAGCCCGAUGCCUGGCCUGGCUGACAUGUGUACAACACCUCGCAUCUUUCUCCCAUGUAUGUAUCGAUAACACGC